GAUUUCCGGAGGAGGUGUCGGGAGAGAACCAUCCCCUAAACAGUGACGUUAGAACUACAACUCCCAGCAGCCAGCCAGGGCUCCGUGGCUUCUCCGGGAACAGAGCUGCAGAGAGGCCCAAACGCUGGUGGACCGGGUCGGUGUGCGCUCUGAGCUGAAGAAUCUCGGGCCGCGAGGGCCGGAUCUGCCCCCGUUACCCUCUGCAUUUCGACUCCGGGGAGGAAUAAAGCCAAGAGGUGAGGCUGCAGCCUGCAGGACGUGACGUGGUAACCGUUGGGCUGCUGCGUUUCGCACCAUGGGGGCAGUUUGGGGUCGGAGGAUCGCAGGAGUUGAAGAUAUCGACAUCCAGGCAAACUCCGCCUAUCGCUACCCCCCGAAGUCAGGGAAUUACUUUGCCAGUCACUUCUUCAUGGGAGGAGAGAAGUUCGAGACCCCGCACCCGGAAGGCUACCUGUUUGGGGAAAACAGCGACCUUAACUUUCUGGGGAACCGGCCCGUGCAGUUUCCCUAUCUGACCCCGGCCCCCCACGAGCCGGUGAAGACCCUGCGCAGCCUGGUGAAUAUCCGCAAGGAUUCUCUGAGACUCAUCAGGUACAAGGAAGGAGCGGACAGCCCGUUGGAAGAUGGCGGGAAGCCGCGGGUUCUGUACGGCCUGGAGUUCACCUUCGACGCGGAUGCCCGGGUGGCGAUUACCGUGUACUGCCAAGCUACCGAGGAGUUUGUGGGCGGCAUGGCGGCAUACACCCCCUGCAGCGCCGCCCUGCAGUCUCAGACCGUGUACUACAAGCGGGGGCUCAGCCAGCAUUUCUCCCUCCCGGCGUUCAAGAUCGACUUCAGCGACUGGAAGGAUGAGGAGCUAAACUUUGACCUGGAUAAAGGAGUCCUGCCGCUCGUCAUCCAGGCUGUCGUGGCCGAAGGAGGAGAAGGUUCCGGUCAUGCCCACGUGCUGCUGGCCGCUUUUGAGAAGCACGUGGACGGGAGCUUCUCGGUGAAGCCGCUGAAGCAGAAGCAGAUUGUGGAUCGGGUCAGUUACCUGUUACAGGAAAUCUACGGCAUCGAGAACAAGAACAACCAGGACACGAAGCCUGCGGAGGACGAGAACAGCGAUAACAGCAACGAGUGCGUUGUGUGUCUCUCCGACCUCCGGGACACCCUGAUCCUGCCCUGCAGACAUCUCUGCCUCUGCAACUCCUGCGCAGACACCCUGCGCUACCAGGCCAACAACUGCCCCAUCUGCAGGCUGCCUUUCCGCGCCCUCCUGCAGAUCCGCGCCGUGAGGAGGAAGCCGGGUCCUCUCCCUCCCAUUUCUUUCAGCCCGGUGUUGGCCCAAAGCCUGGAUCACGAUGACAACUCGGGUGCCGAUAACAUCCCCCCGGGGUUUGAACCCAUCUCUCUGCUGGAGGCUCUGAACGGCCUGCGUUCUCCCCCGCCGUCUGCCCCCCUGUAUGAAGAGAUCCCCUAUACCGAGGGGCUUCCAGUCCGAGGACCCCCCGACACCACCCACCAUAAAAGCAAGCAUGCGAAGACCCCCGACAGCGCCUUGCGCUCGCCCUCGUCUCCCAUCCACGAGGAGGACGAGGAGGUCUCCGUGCUCUCGGACGCUGAAAAGCCUGUGCUUUUGGGGUCUCUCAGCAGGGAUGCGUCCCACGCGGAGAACCUCUCGGCUGCUGGAACCCCAGAGAUUGUCUCGGCGCAUCGAGGGUCUCGCUCUCAGCCGUCACUCGAGGUGCAGAAGGAUGUUUCUGACCCCCUGGCGCUUAAGGAGGAGGAAGAGGAGGAGGAGGAGACCCCGGAGGGCGCAGCUCUAGGUCCGGACGCCUGCUCCAUUGGCAUCGAUGAAUGAAAAGUAAACGUUUCCUAAUCAGACGUGGAAUGUGAGAACGACCAAUCAGCUCCACGCUCCUUCCUCCCGAAUCGUCCGGUGAUUGGAGGAAAAAAGAAGCCCUGAUACUCCCCGUCCAAUCACGCACAUUCCAGUGGGGCUGGGGGGGGGGCUUCCACUGAUACCCCAGCCCGCGGCUUUCCGAUAGCGUGCCGGGCCAUAAACGCCAGAUUUAGUGCCAGCUUAUUGUGCCAUGCGGCAAAAAGCCUGUGACAAUGUAUUGUGUGACUGUGCCAGCUUGCGUAUCGGCGUUAAGGCGCGCCUCCCCCGGUAACGGGCAAACGCUCGGAGUGCCCCCCCUCCACCCAUUACGUUAAAUUGUAUUUCUAUUCUUUACUGGAAGACAGAUGGACGGUCGCUGCUGACCUGUGUUUUAAAACAAAAAUUUGGUAAUUCUUAAGAAAAAAUAUUUUUUUUUUUUUGUAAUUGCCCCUUAACCCCAUCCUUGUUCGGUGACGCACUCCAGGCACAGAUGGGGUUAACUGGGAUUUAAGAUCGCUAAUUAAAAUAAUUUAAACGCAGUAACCUUUUUAAAAUCUGUUUGUCGAAUAAUAAAUAUCACGUUGUAAA